AUGUCAAAAUCAAAUAGCGCGUCCUUUCCACGGGAAUUUCCGACCUCGGGGUUCGAGUUGUUGGACCCAUCAUUCAAGAUUGAAGAGGAGACACUACCGACUUAUUCCCCUGACAAAUAUUAUCCGGUUAAACAAGGAGAGGUUUUCAAUAAUAGGUAUCAAGCGAUGACGAAAUUGGGCUACGGAGUCACGUCGACGGUUUGGUUUGCUCGGGAUUUGGUUGAAUCUACAUAUGUCGUCCUCAAAAUAUACGUGCUUGGUGAAAAUCGAGAGCAUGAAUUGAAUAUCUAUAAUCACAUCAAUGAUAUCAACACAAACCAUCCGGGCAGAGGUUUUAUUCGCCGUCUGUUCGGUCAUUUUUUCGUGGACGGCCCUAAAGGCCGCCAUGUUUGUCUCGUCCACGAACCUUUGGGAAUUAAUGCAUCCGCGUGGCUGCAACACGUCCCUGGACAGAAAAUGACGCUUGGAGGCAUGAAGUCUGCGAUUCGUCAACUCCUUGUCACCUUGGAUUUCCUACAUUCAGUUGCCGGUGUCAUUCAUACAGACAUCCAGUUGAAAAAUAUGCUUGUUCCUGCACCCGCACCUUCUGUACUGGCUGCAUUUGAAGAAGGGGAAAUCAAAGCACCGGCAGCUAGGAAGGUCCUCCCAGACCGAACAAUUUAUAAGACCUCGUCUUUUCCAAUAGGGGAUGGUGGGAUUCCUUUUCUGAGUGACUUCGGUGAGGCUCGAUUGGGCGAUGAGCAUGAUGGAGAUAUCAUGCCAGACUAUUACCGAGCCCCGGAAGUUAUUUUGAAGUCAAACUGGAACCAUAAGGUUGAUAUUUGGGCAGUGGCCAUGCUCGCUUGGGAUAUCGUUAGCCCUCGCACUUUAAUCAAGGGUGAAAGCAUCGACGGCAUAUUCGACGAUGGUGCACAUAUAGCAGAACUUGUUGCAUUACUCGGCCCUCCACCGCCAGAGUUCCUUGAAAGAACCCAUUUAAGCGGGGUAUUUUGGGAUGAAUCUGGUAAUUGGAGGAAUUUGGUCCCCAUUCCUGACCGAUCGCUUGAGCGGUUGGCCGAGAAUAUCCAGGGUGAAGAUGUGGAGGGAUUUCUGCGGUGGAUGCGAUUGGCCUUGCAAUGGAAUCCGGAGGAUCGUCCCUCUGCCCUGGAGCUUUUGAUGGAUCCAUGGUUGAUGAAGGGGUUGAAUUUGAAGACGGGCUAG